AUGUAUAUAAAACUUUUGUUAUAUUUAUUACUUCUAACUAAUCUAUCUUAUUCUCUAAAUGAUGACAAUGGAGAAGAUCCUCAAAUUGAUACAUGUUUUUUGUUAUCUUCAAAAACAAGUAAAAUAACAUUUGAACCAAUAAUAGUUGAAUCGAAGUUAAAAAAUUAUAUAUUUUAUUUAAUAAUACAAAAAAAUUCAACAGGAGAGGUUGGAGUUAUAUCAAUUAACCAAUUAUCAGAAAAUAACAAACAAAUAUGGUACAAUACAUCAAUUAUACGAAGUGAAAAUGAAAUUGUUAUAGAGUAUUCUUCUAAUAUAUCAUUAACCAAAAUUAAACUUCCAGCUAAUCAAACAAAUGAUAUUCGUCUUUUUAUUGAAUUAGAUUUAUUAAAUAAAUAUUUUAGUGGAUAUACCUAUUCUAAUAAUAAUGAGAAAAUACAUGAAGUUAAUGUUAAAUUAAAAAGUUUAAAUAUAAAUAAUAAUUUAUCAAAUAUUUAUGUUUCAUUAGGAUCAUUAGACAAUUUUGGAAAUGGUUUUAUUGGUGAAGUUGAUUUUAAAUAUAUUAAAAUUGAUGGAAAAAAAUAUUUUUUACCUAAUAAUAAAAUAUUUAGUGGAGAUAUAGCUAUAGAAGAAAAGUGUACUCAAUUAGAUGAUAUAAAGGACAAAAAAAGUUUAAUUGGGAUAUGUACAUAUAGUGAAAAAAAACAAUGCUUAAAUGGUGGAAUGUGUCAAAUAAAUAAAAAUGGUGACCCUGAAUGUUUAUGUCCAAAUAAUGAUUAUACAGGAAAGUAUUGUCAAUUUGCUCUAGUUCCAAAAACGUGUUCGUACAUACCAUCUUCAGGUAUUCAUAAAAUAGAUGUUGAUGGUAGUGAUAUUGGUGAAAUGGGUUAUGUAAAAUGUGAUAAUGGUACAACUAUUAUAUCACAUAACUUUCCUCCAAAUACAAUAAUAAGAAAUAAAAAUAUAACUCAAAAUUUAUCAUAUGAUAUUAGUUAUAAAUUAAUGUCUUACAUACAAAUUAGAAAUUUAAUACAACGUUCACAGAAAUGCCAACAGAUGGUUACUUAUAGUUGUUAUGGAAACGCUCCUCUUUAUUUCAAAGAAGGUUAUACAUCCUUUGAAAGUAUUUAUUAUGGUGGAUUAAAGCCAUUUUAUAAAUUAAAUGAUAAUAAUGAAUUCCAAUGCAAUUGUAAAAAAAACAAUGAAUGUUUGAAAACAAAUGUUAAUUGUAAUUGUGAUAUCAAUGAUAAUGAAAUAAAAAAUGACACUGGGGUGUUUGUCAAUAGAAUGAAUGUUGGUAUACGAAAAAUUAAUGUGUUUAAUAUACCAUCAAUAAAUGAUAUUCAAAGAGGAUUAGGAUUACUAAAUAUUAGCGAUUUAUCAUGUUAUGGUGAUAUUGGUUAUGAAAAUGAUUUCACUCUUUCUUUUACAACAAAAAAUAGUAUAUUAUUAUUUUAUAGACCAAUUGCCAGGCGUAUUGAAUUUGAGUUUCGAUUAACAACUUCCAAAGACAACUUUAAUAUUAUUGAAAUUAAUGACAAAGAAAUAUUUAUCAAUCUAUUUAUUAGUAAUAAUAAAUUUAUUUUUAAUAUCAAAAAUAGAACAAAAAUUAUAGAAGAAAAAAUGUUAAAUUAUUCAAAAGUUAUUGGUGAUACCUCUUGGAAUCAUGUUAUUUUAGAAUUAAAUCGUCAUGAGUUAAGAAUUUCUAUUGAUGACUCUUAUAUAAUUAUUAGUAAUACAGAUAUAAUACAAAAAGUUGAACAAUUAUUUGGAAAAAAUUUAGAAUUUAAAUUAGAAAAUUUUAUUGGUUGUAUAAGAGCUUUAUAUGUUGAUGAUAUUUUGGUAAAUUUAUCUCAAGAAUUAUUGUUAUCAAAUAAUGAAGGUAUUUAUGUGGGAUGUCGAUUGAUGUGUCAAAAGGAUACAUGUUUACAUGGAUCAAAAUGUAUUGAAAAUAUAAAAGAAAAUACUUAUGAAUGUAAAUGUAAAGAUGAUAAUAUAUAUUAUGGUGAUCAUUGUCAAUUUAGUAUAAAUCAAAAUACAGAUAUAUCAUUUACAAAUCCUUAUGAAUCAUAUAUUGGUUAUGAUAGUAAAAAAUCUCUUAAAAAUAUUAGUUCUAUCUAUCAAAAUAUAACAAUGUCAUUUAAAACUGAUCAAAGAAAAGCUUUACUGAUAUAUGCCAUGGAUGAGGUAAAUAAUUUUAUUCAAAUUCAUCUUUCAGAUGAAUAUAGAAUUAUUCUUUCAAUGAAUUAUGGUAAUAUUUCAAAACAAUGUACUGUUUAUUCAGAUAAAGGAACACAUUUUAAUAAUAUGGAAUGGAAACAAAUUCAAUUAAAACAUUUUAAAAAUAAUGUAACAUUAUUUGUUGAUAAUCAAUCUUGUAGUAUAAUUGGAUCACCUUUAUUAACAAAAACAUAUGUAGUUCUGGAUGAAGCUGAUGAUGAAAUUGUUAUACCUCCUAUUCUUCCUGGACAAAUUAAUAUAUUACCAUAUAAAGUUUUGUAUGUUGGAGGUGUACCAAGAGCUAAGGAAUCUGGAGAUUUAAUUACUUGGUCAACUAUAUAUAAUACAAAAUUACCAUCAAUUUUAGGAUGUAUACGUGGUCUCAAAUUUUCAUCUAAAUUUCUUGAUUUACGAUUCUCUGAUUUAAAAUCUUCAAAUAAAGAGGCUGUAAAAAUGAAAUGUCAGUAUAGUUCAUGUGAUCUCAUAAAUUGUCAAAAUAAAGGAUAUUGUUCAGUUAAAUGGUUUCAACAAGAUCCUAAAGAAACAUUCUGUGACUGUUCCAAAACAAGUUUUUAUGGUCCAACCUGUGAGGACGAUGAUACAAUAAAAUUCUCAAAAUUUGAUCAACAAUUUUCAUUUGAUAUGACAAAAAUAAGAAGAAGGUACGAUUUAUUUGAUAGUAAAACUCAAAGUUUUAAAUUUGCCUUUUCAACAGAUAUGGAUGAAAGCACAAAAUUAAAAAAUCAAGUUUUAUCAUUAAUUCAAAUGGAUGAUGAAACAGAAAACAUAGAAAUAUUACUAGAAACAAAUAAGAAAAUAACUAUAAAUAUUAAUAAUCAAAAGAUACAAUUUAACAAUAAUUUUACUGAUGGAUAUCGUCAUUUCAUUCAAAUGUUAUUUGACCAAAGAAAGCACAAAAUAUGGUUAAUUGUUGAUGAUGAUAAAAAACUUAUAAAUCAAUCCAUAAUAUCAUAUAAUUUGGCUAAAGUUAAAAAAUUUAUUUUUGGUUAUUCUGGUUUAGAUGAUAAAAAUAUUGGUUAUAAUGGUUAUAUAUCAAAUAUUGAUAUAAAUUAUCACAAAUCUAAUCAUUUUCAUUUUAUGCCAUUAAAGUAUUACAAAGAUCCUGGUGAUGAAUAUUAUGAUUGUAUAAAUGUAAAACCAAAUAAUAAUUCUACAUUAUUAAUUAACUAUAAAAGUUCUUUCAAAGUAACUGAAAAACCAUUAAUAAAUAAAAAUAGUGGAGAGUUAGAUUUUCCUAUUUGGGAUGUUCCAUUAAAAGUUAGUUUAAUCAAAGAAUCUCUAAAUAUUUCAACAUUAACUGAUGAACAAAAAGACGAAGAUGGAUUUAAUUAUACAAUUCUUAUUAUUGCUAUAAUAAUUAUUUUUAUUAUCUUAUUAAUCUUUAUUAUCAUUGGUUUAUGUGUUUCUGUAAACAAAGGUCAUCAAAGAAAGUCUGUUCCUAUCUUAAAAAAUUUAAAAAAUUCUCCUACGAAAAGUACUUAUGUACCAAUUGGAGAACAAUUGUCACCAUUAAAUGAUACGACUAUAUCAUACUAUCCAAACAAGGAUGAUUAUACAUUACCGGAACCACAAAUAGAUCCAGAUCCAAUUGAACAAAUACCACCAAUAGAAAAUCAUCCAUAUUUUUAUUCUACCUCCACUCAACUUUAUUUUACUCCUCAGGAAUCGCUGACAUCUAACAUGGAGCUUAUGAAACAAGAUUCAGAAGAAAAUAAUGAUGAUGAUGAUCCAUUAAUAAAAUUAACAGACUAUGAAGAGGGAAGGAAUAGUAUGAUAUAUAUUAACUAA